AUGGGAGGUUCGAAGACGGAAGGGGCAACCUCUUCCUCAACCCCUUUAAUUACAAAUCGUAGAGACCCGUAUGAGGUUUUAAAUGUUUCAAGAGAUGCUUCUGAUCAGGAGAUUAAAUCUGCUUACAGAAAACUUGCUCUCAAAUAUCAUCCUGACAAAAACGCUAGUAAUCCCGAAGCCUCAGAACUAUUCAAGGAGGUUGCCUAUUCUUACAGCAUUUUAUCCGAUCCAGAAAAAAGAAGGCAAUAUGAUAAUGCAGGAUUUGAGGCUAUUGAUGCUGAAGGAAUGGACAUGGAAAUUGAUCUAUCAAACCUUGGAACUGUGAAUACAAUGUUUGCAGCUUUAUUCAGUAAGCUAGGAGUCCCUAUUAAGACAACGAUUUCAGCCAAUGUUCUUGAAGAAGCUUUAAAUGGGACAGUUACAGUUAGACCUCUUCCAAUAGGAACAUCAGUUAGUGGAAAGGUAGAAAAACAAUGUGCUCAUUUUUUUGGUGUUACAAUAAGCGAGGAACAAGCUCAAUCAGGGAUAGUUGUUAGAGUUUCUUCAGCUGCACAAAGCAAAUUUAAGCUGCUUUAUUUUGAGCAAGAUAAUGGUGGUGGCUAUAGUCUGGCAUUGCAGGAAGACAGUGACAAAACCGGGAAGGUGACAUCAGCAGGAAUGUAUUUCCUGCAUUUCCAAGUUUACAGAAUGGAUUCCACUGUUAAUGCCUUAGCAAUGGCGAAGGACCCUGAAGCCGCUUUCUUUAAAAGAUUGGAAGGUCUUCAACCGUGCGAGGUCUCGGAACUAAAAUCCGGAACUCACAUAUUUGCCGUUUAUGGAGAUAAUUUUUUCAAAACCGCAUCGUAUACAAUAGAGGCCAUUUGUGCCACAACAUACCAAGACACAACUGUUAAACUCAAGGACAUUGAGCAGCAAAUUUUAAGAAAAAGAACCGAGUUACGCCACUUUGAGACUGAGUACAGACAGGCUUUGCAACGAUAUCAAGAAGUCACCAACCGAUACACCCAGGAAAAGCAAAAUGUGGAUGAGCUUUUAAAACAACGAGACAGUAUCCAAUCAUCAUUUACAGUAGGCAGAUCGGUGGUUUUAGGAGGUGGUAGCAGUCAAUUUAGUAGCAAUGGAACAGGAAGUAGUAAAGUUAGUGGUGGUGAAGGUGAAACCAGCAGCAGUCCAGUUGAUGAAGAAGAUGGAAGGAGUUAUAAUAAUAAUAACAAGAAGAAAUGGUUUAAUCUCAACCUCAAAACCUCAUCCUCCUCUGAUAAGAAAACCACCAGUUGA